AUGAUCCAGGGUGUAUCGAUGUUUUCCGGGCGCAACAUACCCAAAGGGUCUGGGAUCUACGAGGUGAUGAGUGAUGGCAGGGCGGUUCUGACGGCAUCGAACAAGGAGAGGAGGCUUAUUGCGCGCAAAAUCAAUCCCAGGGAUAUCAGAUGGACGACGUCAAGCAGGGAGUUUUUUGGAAAGGAGUCCCAGUAUGUUGUCGAGAAGAUGAAUGUGCAGAAGGUGAAGGUUGUCCGUGGGUUCAGGCACAUUAGCGCUAGCUCGCUCGAGAGGGCUAAGGAGGCGGGGCUGCCGAAGAAAUAA